AAGAAAAUUGUUACGGAAAUCGGAAAGGAAAUCGGAAAUGAUUGUUCGCUAUUUUUCUUUUGUGGCUGUGAUACUUUUGGUGGCCUCUGCCGCUUUGGGCAAGGACCAUGACCACGCAAGAUCACGUUCUGCUACACCCCAUGCCCUUAAAAAUGAGGAAGAACGUGAAACCGAAUUCUGGAUUAACAAGGCCCAGAAUAUUUUGGCUCAAAAACUUGAAGAACACCAGAAGCUCAACACCAAGACGGCCAAAAAUAUUAUCAUGUUUUUAGGAGAUGGUAUGUCCGUGCACACUGUCACCGCAACACGCAAUUUAAUGGGUGAUAGUUCCGAACAAGUGUACUUUGAAAAAUUCCCCUAUUUCGGCUUGUCCAAAACGUAUUGCGUUAAUCGUCAAGUAGCCGAUUCAGCAUGCACAGCCACCGCCUAUUUGGGUGGUGUUAAAGGCAACUAUGGCACCAUUGGAGUAAACGCCAAUGUUCCACGUUAUGACUGUAAAGCGGGUCAAAAUCCAGAACACUGGGUUGAUAGCAUCGCCAAGUGGGCUCAGGACGCUGGUAAAAAUACUGGCUUCGUUACAACCUCUCGUGUUACCCAUGCUUCGCCAGCUGGCCUAUAUGCCCACAUUGCCCAACGUGGCUGGGAAAAUGAUGCCGAAAUCGAAGCGGCCGGUUGCAGUUCCAUAGAAAACAAGGAUAUUGGUCGUCAAUUAAUGGAGUCCGAGGUGGGUAGCAAUUUUAAGGUGAUUAUGGGCGGUGGCCGACGCAAUUUCCGCAAUACCACGGUCAAUGAUGAAGAAGGCUUUGCUGGUCGCCGUCUUGAUGGCCGUAACUUGAUCAACGAAUGGAUCCAAUCGAAACAAAAAUUAAAUGUCAAUGCUUCCUAUGUAUGGUCUCGUAAGGGCCUGAGUUUAGUUGAUCUCGAUGAAACCGAAUAUCUGUUGGGUCUCUUCAGUUCUUCGCAUUGUCCUUACCAUGGCGAUUUGAGGCGAAGCCGAAUCGCAUUGGCUAACCCUUCGCUGAGCGAAAUGACAGAGGCUGCACUAAAGGUUUUGAAAAAGAACGACAAAGGUUUCUUCCUUUUUGUGGAGGGUGCUCGCAUUGAUAUGGCCCACCAUGAUACAAGGGCGCGCAAGUCUCUGGAAGACACCGAAGAGAUGGCCAAGGCUGUGGCUGUAGCAAGGGAGAUGUUCUCCGAAGAGGAUACAUUAAUUGUGGUGACAUCAGAUCAUUCGCAUACCAUGACCAUCAAUGGAUAUCCGUACCGUGAUCAGGACAUCACUGGACUAGCUGCCGAUGUAGCUGAUGACAAUCUGCCUUAUACCAUUCUAUCCUAUGCUAAUGGACCUGGCUUUUAUUCAACCUAUGGUGAUAGAGGUCGCAAGCUUGUUACCACCAAGGAUACGCAAAACUCUAAAUUUGAAUAUUUAUCCACUGUUCCCCUGGAUUCAGAAACUCAUGGUGGCGAUGAUGUCGGUGUUUUCGCUUCUGGCCCAUAUGCUCACUAUUUCAGUGGCAAUUAUGAACAAACAAAUAUACCAGCCAUGAUGGCGAAGGCAGCUAAUAUUGGUCCUUUUGCCUCAGUGUCAGUGUAAUCACACUUAAUGAAGUUUUUAUUUUCAAUUUUCUUAAUAAAGUAAUUUUGCAGAUAGAAA